AUGGCGGGCGAGGCCACGUCAUCCAUCCUGCAGUUCGCCACGUGGCAGAGCUCCGUUGACGUGUCGUUCUGGGAGAAGCUCGCGUCGCUGAAGGUCGACUCGCAAGGCCUGAAAGAGGAAGACGUGGCAAUCCAUGGUGAGAUUGGCCUGAGGAGAACCGUGAUGAUGGUGAUCACAGUGGAAUCGUUUCAAGCGUUUGACCGGAGAAAAAUGAUGGAGGGAGUGGCGCAGCAGUGUGUGGUUAUGAGUGUGGUUACCAGGGAUGUCAGCAGCAUAGUGUCAGGCAGGGGUGCUACUGAUUCCCAGCACAGUGGAGUCCCAAUUCCCUGCCUUCUCUCUGCGCCCUCCCCUCCCCCCACCCACAUCUCCUCAGCUUUGGCAGGACGUUUUAUCUGGCAAGGCAGAAAGCAACCCAUCUCUCCUCAACGCGUUCUUCCUCCUCGUCUAUCCAGACAUCAAGCAUUGGCGCUUCCACUACGCCUUUGCCUUCCCUGCUCUCGCCCUCCCCGCCCCUGCCACACUUGCUGGCCCGCCUUUGCCUGCAACGCAAGCCUUUUCUCCGCAACUGGUGAGUGCCCCUAUUCUGUAACUCCCUUUCUUGCCUCAACUCACUUUGCUGCACCUUUGCGUGCGCGCCUCUCGCUUUCCCGGCUUCCUCCCUCCCCUCCUCUGCCAUCCUCGCUUUCCCGGCUUCCUCCCUCCCCUCCUCUGCCAUCCUCGCUUUCCCGGCUUCCUCCCUCCCCUCCUCUGCCAUCCUCGCUUUCCCGGCUUCCUCCCUCCCCUCCUCUGCCAUCCUCGCUUUCCCGGCUUCCUCCCUCCCCUCCUCUGCCAUCCUCGCUUUCCCGGCUUCCUCCCUCCCCUCCUCUGCCAUCCUCGCUUUCCCGGCUUCCUCCCUCCCCUCCUCUGCCAUCCUCGCUUUCCCGGCUUCCUCCCUCCCCUCCUCUGCCAUCCUCGCUUUCCCGGCUUCCUCCCUCCCCUCCUCUGCCAUCCUCGCUUUUCCCCCUCUGCCUGCAACUCAGGCCUUCUCACUUCUAUUUUGGGGCAGAAGCUAUCGAGAAGGAGUGUGAGCGAUGGAGACAAGAAGGGAGUGGGAGGGGGCCAAGGGAAGUGGAAGCAGCUGCGUUGACUGGCGAAGCUGAGGGUCCCGAGGGAGGGAAAGAGAACGGAAACAAGAGGGCAGUUACGGACGGCGAAGCAGCAGAGAAUGGGGAAGUGGAAGAGGGAAGACAAGGAGAGAAAGGCAAUGAGAGCGCAAGUGGAGAAAUAAGAACAGCGGACAGCGCAGCAGCAGCAGCAGCAGCAGCCAUAGUAGGAGAAACUGCAUCGGAAGCCCUCUUAUCGGAGAAGGGUGCCCCUUUCUUCCUUCUCCAAAUAGACACCAGCGCCACUAAUACCAGCUCCGCACAUCCCUCAGUAACAGCACAUCCGUUAACAGAGUACCAGCGACUGGCAACCCCAAACGAAUCCCUCUCUUCCUCUUCCCCCUCCGCUCCUCCAUCUCUCCUCGUUGCGUUCUUCGACCCCUGCCAUCUGCCCCUCUCCCCCGGCUGGCCCCUCCGCAACCUGCUUCUCCUCGCCUCUCUUCGCUGGCAGGUCAGAGCUUGUUCCUCUGUUUCUCUUGCUUUUUCUCCUCCUCCCCUUCCGCUCCUCCAUCACCACCCUCCCCGCCCCUCCCUUGACUUGUCCCUUUCUAUUCCUCCCAUGCCUCCUCCCUCCAUGUGCUCUGCCUGCGGCAGUGCCACGGUCGAAUCAACCUGCACCACUCACACCCGCGCACCCUCCCUUCUGUACCUUCCUCUCUAUGCCUCCCUCCCAGGCCACGUCUCUCCACCUGAUUGGCUGAACCCAAUCACAGCACCUGCCACGUGUCCAUCCGCCACUGGCUGGGAGCUGAACACCAAGGGUCGAACCGGGGCGCGGUGUGCUGACCUGGCGCCGCUGAUGGACCCGACCAGGCUGGCAGACGAGGCGGCGUCGCUCAACCUGAAGCUAAUGAGGUGGCGCGUGCUGCCACAGCUGCAGCUGGAGCGGUUGAAUGCAACCAAGUGUCUACUGUUAGGGGCUGGCACUCUUGGGUGCCAGGUGGCGCGCUCUCUCCUGGCAUGGGGCAUUCGCGACAUUACCCUCGUGGACUAUGGGGCAGUUUCGUAUUCUAACCCCCGUACAUCAGGCCAUCGCCUCGCCAUCCCCAUGCCAGGUCACCCCGUGUCUCCCUCCGAGGCGCCACGUGUGCAGGCUGACGUGACAGCCCUGCUGGCACUCGUCCGCCAAUCAGACGCCGUCUUCCUCCUUACUGAUACAAGAGAGAGCCGCUGGCUGCCCACCCUGCUAUGCGCAGCCGAGGGGAAGGUGGCCAUCAACGCUGCUCUUGGCUUCGACUCCUUCCUUGUCAUGCGCCACGGGGCUCCGCUGCUGCCUCUGCUUGACACGUCAGCUCCAGUAGCGUCUGAGUCAGCGCCAGCAGCGUCUGAGUCAGCACCAGCAGCGUCUGAGUCAGCACCUGCUGCUUCUGAGUCAGCGCCAUCCAAGCGCCUCGGCUGCUAUUUCUGCAACGAUGUCGUUGCUCCCCUCAAUUCCACAGCUCACCGCACGCUAGACCAGCAGUGCACAGUCACGCGCCCUGGCCUGGCAACCAUUGCAGGGGCUCUGGCAGUGGAGUUAUUGGUGGGGCUGCUGCACCAUCCCAUGGGAGUCGCAGCACCAGCAGAAGACACCAGUGCUGAUGGGGUUUCUGCCUCUGCUUCUUCCCACCUCUGCUCGCCUCUGGGUCCGCUGCCUCACCAGCUGCGCGGCUUCCUCUCCUCCUUCCCCCAGCUGCCCAUCACUGGCUUCGCCUUCCACCAGUGUACUGCCUGCUCCCCUAUGCUACGCGGCUUCCUCUCCUCCUUCUCCCAACUCCCCAUCACUGGAUUCGCCUUCCCCCAGUGCACCGCCUGCUCCCCCACGGUGGUUUCAGCAUACAGGGAGCGUCGUUAUGCGUUCCUUAUGGACGCGUUUAACGAUCCCACAUAUUUAGAGAGGAUCACAGGCUUGGAUAAGCUGCAUGCCGCCACUGUAGAGAUUGAGGUCGAUUGGGACGAUAGUGAGGAUGACAACACGGGGAUCGGGUCGACGCGAACUGCGAGAAAAGCUGCGGUAACGGUUCCAAUCGUGUUGCCGACGUUGCUUCCCAACAACCGAUACAACGCCAAGUGCCUCGACGGCAGCCCCCCUGGAUAUUACUUCCGCCCUGGUUUCCGCAAUGGUGCGUCGUCGUGGCACAUCCACCUGCCGCCCGGCGGCUGGUGCUCCAGCCUCUCUGCGUGUGCGAAUCGCAGCACCACCUUCCUGGGGUCCUCUAAACCCGAGCGGCAGAAGGAUAGUCCUUAUAGUAACGCAUCAUACGCAUACUUGGGCAUAUUAAGCACCGGCCCUUAUGUCAACCGCGCCUUCCGCAACUGGAACCUCGUAGUGCCCAUCUAUUGCGACGGAGGGGGGUUUCAGGGCACGGCGGGAUGGGUCAAAGUGAACAACAGCUUCGGGAUUUACAUGGACGGGUGGAAUGGAGUCAAAGCGGUGCUGGCAGAUGUGAAGGAGUUAAGGGGAAUGCAGUCCGCCGAACGAGUGCUGCUGUCAGGCCAAUCAGCAGGAGCUGAGACAGUGCUGAUGCAGUAUAAACACAUGCGGGAGUAUGUUUCAAUGGCCAAGGACCAUCAAGCCAACCCAAGGCAAUCAGCAGGAGCCCAGACGGUGCUGACGCUGUGUGAGCACAUGCGGGAGUAUGCUCCCAAUGCAAAGACCAUCAAAUGCCUCAUGGACUCUGGCUCAUUCACGGGUGAGGUGUGGUGCGGUGAUAAGGGGUUUCAAGUGGUGUAUAGCCAAGCCAACCAUUCUUAUGCUCCUAAUGCACGCACGAUCAGAUGCCUCAUAGACUCUGGCUCCUUCACUAGUGAGGUGGGGUGCGGUGAUGAGGGGUUCAAAGGCGAGUAA